UUCCUUGUUCUCAACCAGUACUCAGUUCUCAGAAGGCAAUUGUUCUUUUCGUGUUGGUGAAAUGGACCUGAUCUAUGAAAAUUCCAGUUACAUAAAUAUGACCAGAACUGCUUCAGGUGACAAAUGCUCUCAUUACAAACGUCAGAAAACCUUCAACCAGGAAAGAAAGAAAGAGGUUCCUCUGCCCAAGUGGACUAAAGUUCUCCUGAUAGUUCUCAGUGUCUCUGUUGUUUGUGCUCUCGGAGGCGUCUGUGCUCUUGGGAUGUGUCUAUCUCAUGCUAAACAUUUCAGCAGAUUAAUGUCUGAUCAGUACCACAAUGAUACAGAUUAUAAAGGACAGUUUGAGGCACUCCGCGUCCAAUAUGAGGAAACACUUAGAAAAUUGAACAGAUUAAAUCAGAGCACAGGCUGUGCACUUUGUGCUGUCCACUGGAUUCAUUCUGGAGGAAAGUGUUACUACUUUUCAACAGUCAAGAUGAACUGGACGCAGAGUCGGGAUUAUUGUGUGACUCUAGGAGGACAUCUAGUUAUAAUAAACAGCAAAGCAGUGCAGGAUUUUCUUGUGUCUGAAGUUAAAGAGACUCACUGGAUUGGUCUUAAUGAUCUGGAAACUGAGGGACACUGGGUCUGGGUGAAUAACCAGCCACUCAGUGAUUCAAUAGAAUUCUGGAUAAAACGAGAGAAUGGAGUCAGAGAACCAGAUAACUGGACAAAACAUCAUCCGGCCGGUGAGGACUGUGGUAGUCUGGGGCACUCACAUGGAGAUACUGAUUUCUGGACUGAUGCGUUCUGUUUUGAAAAGAAAAGAUUUGUGUGUGAAGCUCCUGCCCCUGUUUAAUUCCUCAAACCUUACAAGUAUCACUCAUUAUUUCUACAAAAGCAGAAGUUCCUCUGGAAGUUGCUGGUCCAGGAUGAGAGACAUAUCUGCUACUGUGAGAGUGCAGCUGUCAGCUUCUCCUCUCCUCAACUGCACAGGUGAUAGUAAAGCUGUUUAAAUAGUGCAGUUGUUGCUUCAGAAAUGUAUCAAGCGUCUCGUAUGCACUGUUCCAUCUGCGAGUAGAAGAUCGCACGACCCUGUCGCAAAAGCUAUCAUGGAUUUCAAACCUUUAUCAUCUGGUGUGGCACUGCCCUUACAAGCGAGUGACCGGCAAUGACCAUCAAUAAAGCAAAAGCCAAUGAAUUGGAGAGCACGCAAGAGGAGAAAAAGGCAAAGAAAAAAAAAAAGAAUUAAAUGAAAACAUCACCAACAUCUCCCGAACCGCUGCCUCCUCAUUAUUUUUUUCUGUGUUUCCCCCAGUUGUGUGCAAAUCAGUGCAAUAAUGGGUGCGAGCUCGUCUUUCGUGUUGUUUGUUGGCUUGCUAUCACGAAUAAACUCUCCCCUUGCUAUGUGCGUGUGUUUGUGAAAGAAUUUCAGGAUCGUAUUUUCAUUCGGGCACAAAUGGUCAUGUGUUUGAUACAACUGGUCUGCAAACAGUUGUGUUUGUGCACUUGACUUUAGUGUAUGCACUUAACUCGUGACUUUGUUUCUACAUCUGUCUUUGGUGCGCGCCACUGCUCUGCCAUAAUUUAAACUGAACUCAGAAUCGAUUCUGAUUCUUUUGAGAAUUGAUUCAGAAUCGUUUGAGUAUGAAUCGCGAUGCAUCGCUGAAACGAUUUUUCCCCCACCCGUAAUUUAUAAUUUAUAGACUGUGACGGGGAGGAGGGCAUGGCUGGGCCGUGAGGUUGUAUGGCUGGUGCUGAAUCAGUUGAUCAGAGGGAGAGCGAGAUAAAGGGGAGCCGGAGACACCAGUUCGAGAGAGAGCGAGAGUGAGUGGCACGCGGCGGCGUUGCAUGUGUGUCUGUGUUUGUUUUAUGUUGAGUUUCACAUUAAACUUUGUUUACUGUUCAGCUGGUUCCCGCCUCUUCCUUUCCCGUCCUUAUACUGUUACAUAUACCAUCAAAGCUGUAAAAUUUUACAUCUUUUAUUUUUUUACAUGUCUAUGUAAGAAAAAUAUGGAAGAAAAAGUCUAAAACCAGUGUGUGCAUGUACAUACAUUUGAUAUUUAACAAGACAAACCUUGAUAAUAUUCAGAACAACAAACAGAAACCAACUUAGGGACAUAUAAAAUAAAUUCUAUUAUCCAUUUUGAAUUUCUAUUAUGAAUUUCUACACUGUAGUGGCUUCUAUAUAGACACCAUCACCAGGAACGAAAGCUGGACACUGACACAACAUAACUGUCUGCUGUGUGUCCGAGCUUCAAUAUAUAGUUAUUGUUGGAUCGGUAUCGUCUCCGAUACUGAAGCUUUUAGAUGGAUAUUUUAUUGUUAUAACUGUUAUUGUUAUAAUUAUUUUUAAAAUCAUUAUUAUUUGUUUACAAAUUAUAACAAUAUUUAAGUUGAAUGGGUUCCAAAAAAUAACUAUGUAAAAAUUGGACUGAUAUUGUCAUGUGUAUUUUGUUGAAUCAUGUUUUUCAUGUCUAUUAUUUUGAAAAGUUUAUUUCAUGUUUCAUGUCAUGUGUCCCUAGUCAGGUGAUGUCCUGUUUUCCCUCCAUGUUCAUGUGUCUUGUUUUCAUUGGCUCAUUGUUUGAUUAUCUUGUUUAGAGUUCUGUUUGUUCAUUGGUUUAUGUUCUCCCAUGUCCAUGUAUUUAAACCCUCAUGUUUUCCCAUUGUGCUUUGUCAGGUAUUGUGUUUGGUAACAUAUUCAUUGUUUACAGUCAAGUCUAGCCAAGUUUAUAGUUCAUGUUCAUGUUUAUGUUUCUGUUUCACAUUUAUAGUUAGGGUUUUUGGAUUUCACGUUUGUUAAUAAAAUUGCACUUGGGUUCUUCAA